GUUUAUCACAAUAUUAGAUAUUUCUAAAUAUUUUUCUAUUACAAGAAUUUUCUACUAACUACAAGAUUUUUCUAGAUUAAUAUAAUCUCUAAUAUUGAUCAGUCAAAUUGAAUCUCAAUUUAUAUGUAGUCGGGCUAAUAACGGAUCGUGUUCGGGUUUGGGAUCGGACUUUCUCGGAUUUGGUGACAUAUCAAAUAUCCUUCCGCUUCCCGCCGCUGCUGGAAGUCCGAUAUUUAUAUCCUUGGAAAUCCCCAAAGCAAAGCAAAAGCAGAAGGAAAUGGGACACAGGCUGAAAAUCAGCAUAGCACUGACCAUCUUAUGUAUCUCAGCAAUCUCUCUCUACUUAACUGUAGAGCAUCAGAAACGGCGAAAGAGACGUGCCUCCAAAACUCCAUGUUAUUUAUCCUCUGAAUUCAAACCACAAUCUUCUUUCAAGCGACUUUUGGCCGAUAACUCCUAUUCUCCUUUCAAGCAUUUCAAGCCCUCCCACCACUGCACUAACGAACAAUCAUCAAACUUGCAUCCAUAUGAAGGAGAGAUCAUGAAAUUGUUGAAGAAUCCUCUAAUAGAUUAUAGAAUUUUUGAUCAGAAAUCUAUGACGGGAAUGAACAAUUCACAUGUCUGGGUGGCUUCAGAAUCACAAUUACGAGAACUUGUUGAUGUACUGAGUGAAGAGAAGUGUUUUGCUGUUGAUACAGAGCAACAUAGCCUACGAUCAUUUCUGGGGUUCACUGCCUUGCUACAGAUUUCUACUCAGAAGGAAGAUUAUCUUGUCGACACGAUUGCUUUACAUGACUUUAUUCCUAUGCUGCAGUCUGUUUUCUCUGAUCCCAAUGUUGUGAAGGUGUUUCACGGUGCUGACAACGAUGUGCUUUGGUUGCAGAGAGACUUCCACAUAUAUGUGGUUAACUUGUUCGAUACUGCAAAGGCAUGUGAAGCUCUGUCAAAACCACAGAAAUCUUUAGCAUACUUACUUCAGACCUAUUGUGGUGUUAUGACGAACAAAUUGUUACAGCGUGAAGAUUGGAGACAACGCCCUCUUCCUGAAGAGAUGGUGGAAUAUGCCCGAGUAGAUGCACAUUAUCUUCUCUAUAUCGCAAGAUGCUUAAUCAAGGAGCUUGAAGCAAAAGAUGAAGAGUUCCUUUCUGAGGCCAGUCGUAGAUCAAAUGCAACUUGUUUGCAAUUGUAUUUCAAAGAACCUGAUGCUUUUCCUGGAGAAUCUGUCGCAUCAUCAAUAAUCUCCCGUUAUUUGAAUGGUCAAGGAGUUGCUUCCUCAAAUGUUUCAGGAGCUCAGUUCCAAAAUCACAUCAGAAUACUUUGCGCCUGGAGAGAUUUGAUGGCUCGUGUUCAUGAUGAAAGCUUGAGAUAUGUACUAUCAGACCAGGCUAUCAUCUCUCUUGCAGAAAAAAGGCCAUUAUCUGAGACAGAAAUAUACACGACCAUAUCAGCAGCUGAUGAAGAUAAUGGUUCAUUGGAGUCUCCAUCUCCUGUGAUUCGCAGUCAUUUGGAAGAUGUCUAUUGUUUAUUGGAAGGAGAAGGCAACUCUGCUGAUGACAUUUUGCAAAUGCUUCUCCAUAAGCACCUUGGUCCAAAUGGGAGUUGUUCCCUGUCUGCAUACAACUACAAUAUGCUCUCUGUUUCCAACCUAAAAUUUGCAAAUGGAUCAUUCUCUAUGCAAAAUGGGGUGAGAAGUGGAAAGCAAGUUACACGGAAGGCUUCCAGAGAGCUCUUUGUUCAAAAAUUCUCGUGCAAAGCUCCAGUUUAUCAUAACUGUAGGAUCUAUGCUAGUGAUGGUCGGUUGCUCUGCUAUUGCGAUCACAAAAAGCUUGAAUGGUACCUCAGUCGCAACUUGGCAAAACUUAUGGAUGACAACCCUCUGGCUAUCAUACUUUUGUUUGAACCCAAGGGACGUCCAGAAGACGAAGACAAUGAUUUCUACGUCCAAAGUAAGAGAAACAUGUGUGUUAGCUGUGGUGAGAGCAACCAUUAUUUACGGUAUCGGAUAAUACCUUCUUGCUACAGAAUGCAUUUCCCUGAGCAUCUUAAAAGCCACCGCUCUCAUGAUAUAGUCCUGCUGUGUGUCGAUUGUCAUGAAGUUGCUCAUGCCGCAGCUGAAAAGUACAAAAGACAAGUUGCCACAGAAUUUGGUAUACCACUUUAUGUAAGGAAGGUGAUGGAUUCUGGAAAACUGCAACCUACUAAGACAUAUGAGUUGCAAGAACACCAGGAAGCAGGUGUUUCACCCUCACAACUUCGAACAGCAGCAAUGGCACUUCUGCGGCAUGGACCGGGAAUGCCAUCCAAACGCCAUGAGGAAUUGAUGGAGGUUGUAAGGAUGUAUUAUGGAGGGAGGGAGAUAUCACAUGAAGAUCUUGAAGCAGCUUUACUCGUUGGAAUGAGUCCUCAUAGAAGGCGAAAAUAUGAGAAGAAAAGAGGGGCUUCCAAUAAGAACUCAUCGGCAAGUAAGGUACUGAAGAUGAAUGCAAUUAACAUGCUUGAACCCAUCAACCCUUAUUCGUCAGAAACUAGUAGGUGUGGUGGAUCACUGGAUGCUAAAGAUCAGACAUCAUAUGAGCAGCUAGUCUACAAACCUGAAACAAGUGUAAAGACACCCUCUAUAUCUUCUGCAAUCGACAUUAGAGAGGAUGGUUUUGCUACUGAUAGUACACCUAUGACAUUAGAUGUCAGUGGAAUCUCUGACGUCAAGGAUGUGAUGCUUUUGGACACUGAAAAUAUUCACAGUAGUCAAAAUCCUCUAAAAGCAACUGCUGGUAGCAAGUGUAAAUCAAAGCUUUCAUUAUUAGGACAUGGGCCUCAUGGAAAGGAAGUUGUAGAUUAUUUGCUCACAAAUUCUGGCGAGGAUGGGAUUCAUCUAUUUUGUCAAAGGUGGAGACAAGUCUUUGUUGAUGCACUCCAUCCCCGUCAUCUUCCUGCCGGGUGGGAUGUAAAGCACAGUGGUAGAAGAAUGUUUGGAGAAUUCAGUGUUUAUAACCAUGCGAAGGCCUGUGACAGUGACACCAUCCACGUGUAGUAAUUUUUGUUGAUGAGCAGCUGGUUGAUACAAACAACAAUGAAUUCCUCUUCUAUUUCAAGCAAGCCGACAUUAUUGAUACGGUAUUUUGUUUAGAAUCGCAUUUUCUCUUAUGUCUUUCCUUGGUAUUUCAAGUUUUUUACAACUUUUUCAAGCUCCUAAUGCUCUGUUAGUAAAUAACAAUUGCAAGGAAAUGUAAAUGUGCCACUACUGUAGUUUGCUAGAAGAUCUGUUGAGGUUGUUGCCUUGUUGGAGUUAGUUACUCUUAUGAAAAAUACUACUAUAAUUAGCAAAGAAUUAACUAGGUAUUUUAAGCAGAAGCUAUACUGAACUUUCUUCUGAUUUGCAUCUUUA